CGCCAGCACCAUUCCGUCCCCAUUACCACCAAGGCACCUCUUCCUGGUUUUCCCCUGCCGUGCGAUUUCUUUCUCCUCACCAGCAAUCAGUGAACGACCUCCACUUUGCAGCGUGAGGCAAAUCCGCUGGUGGCAAUGGCGGCUUCCCUGCUGCUCCGCGGCGGUCUAGCACCUGCCGCCACCGUACCACGCUCCUCGCCCUCACCCUCCCAGAGUAGGACCACUUUCCGCGCCGCCCACCUCUCGUCUUCCAGUGCCUGCGUGCCCGCCUCUCGCCAAGCCCGCCUCUCCACCCACCGACCACCCAUCAGCGCCAGUCAGCGGCGCCAUGCGCUAGUCGGGCCCCGGGCAUCGGUCCAGACAGUCGAAGCCGCUCAAUUGCCGCAAACCUGGUCCGCGUUUUCCGCCGCGAUUUCCGGCGAGUGGGCGGGGUACUCGUCGGACUUAUGUCCCGACGGGGUGGAGUCGGAGAUCCCGAGGGAGGCCAUCCCGCCGCCCUUCUGCGACUGGGGCCUCGCACUCUUCGCGUGGCAGGCGCACAGCUCCACUAACGCGGAUGCGUCUACCGGGGAAGUCCGCACAGUCACGGAGCGCUUCGUUCCGUCACUUGGUUUCGGCAGCGGCGGCGCAGCAGCGCCGCGUUAUAGUGUCGACCGGCGGGCGGCGGGAAUCGCGCAGGACGGCGCGGGCGUGCUGGGCUUCCGCGAGGACGGCUGCUACGCCGUCGCUUGGCCCGGGAAAUCCGUGUCCGAGCCCGCCGCCGAACCUGGGCUGAACGCCGCUCACGUGGUGGUUCGGGAGGGCAGCGGCAGUGGCGAGUCGUCGCAGUUCUUCGAAUUGGAGCACUGCCUGGUUGCGGAGAACCCCAACGGCCAUCAGCUGGACGGCCAGCCGGAGCGCGUGCGCGUGCGCGUGGUGCAGCGGUUCCAGAAGGGCGCGGGGGCGGCGGGCGGGGUGGGCGACAAGGGCCACCUGCCGCAGCUGCUGGGCAUGACGCUGUACCGCGAGCGCUGGGUCGGCCAGUGCCGCGACGGCGCUGACGUGGAAGGCGCCAACCAGAACUCGGAAUUCGCGGAGGGCCCGCCGGUGGGGAUCGAGGCGGUGGAGGGGCGAUGGCUGGCCGCUGCCAUGCGCGCUGACCUCAAACUGGGCGACGAGUUCGGGCGGCGAGGCGCCGUGGUGGAGCUCAAGCCGGCCGGCACGGAGGAGGUCACCCGAGAGCUCACAGAUGAAGGUUCCGUGCUGCUUCCCCAGGGUGUGUGGUCGAGGGUGCUCCCAACGCCCAGCGGCGGGGUGAUUCUCAAGGUGGGCUGGUUGGUGGAGGCAGACAGAGCCAUCGUCUCUCGCUUUGACUACUCGGCACUCGGACAACUCGAGCACAUCACCAUAUCAACCGAGACUCGCAUCAGCAAGAGACCAUGAGGCAUGGAUGCACCGUGGUUUCCCGAGGGAUGAUAAGCUGCUCUAGCUCCCAACAAACCAUACAAGGAUUCAGCAAUAUGUGAAAAAUGCUCACUGUGUUGGCUCCCAUGUUCAUAGUAGUAUUUGUGUACACAACCCCGCAAUGCCGUGCUCCAUGCGUGGCUGAAAAUCAAACAGAAACUGCAUUGUGCACAAUCUGGUUGUCUCCUCGGUACAGCCUACUCUUGCCAAG